AUGGCUUCAGGCACUAUAACAAUGCCAGACACUGUCGACCCGGCAGAUGCGGCAGGUCCUGAAGCUCUUCGCACGCUGAAGACGGCCGCAUUGCGCACGUUCCGUGCGCAGAACGGUAUUAAUGCUUACACAUCGCCUCGGGCUCUUCGACGAUUCAUCGGGUCGCAACUUCCCGAGUUGCCCAACGAUGUAGGCUGUGGGUCUAGCAACCAUCAAUUGGUCUUGGUUACACCCCAAUCCUACGAACGCAAAGAUACCGGCAUCUGUUUUGUGUCAAGUGUGUGUACACAAUGUCGAUACCACUUCCACGUCAAGAACGACACGAGGCAUAGUCGAACGUUCGACAAGGAACACCCAAAGCACAUGCUCAUUGCCUGUGAGCAGAAGACCAAGGACGACCUCAGAAGAGAGAGAACUGGGUACAACGAGAUCAUUGGGUAUACCCGAUUCAUCUGCACCGCCGACGACUGCCUCUCCACCGUUGAGGUGUUUCUUAUGCCCCCAAAGCUCAGUAAUGACGAGGUCGAUAUGUUCAAAGACCCGAAUCGCGUUCUCCGUAACUUGCAACGCGCUCGCGCGGAUGACCCUGACAGGUACAACGAUGUGGGUGAUGGCUAUGGGGCGGACCCUGCUUUGACUAUCCUCAAAUACCUCACUGAUGCGCUAUUGCGCCCCCAUGGUUCUGGCCCGCUGAGAAUCAAGAAACGGAACAAAAGAUUUAGGGUUUCAUUUGCUGAAGACUUUGAUCCUCUUCUCAGACAGCUGGGAUUCCAGGACCGGGAGGAAGAAGGUGAGGCGUGCUGGUUCAUUACCGAGCCAGAAGAAGCACAGACUCCUACUCCCGUCCGAACCUUAAGAGCUCGUAUGCAGGAUACCCAGGAGGAACUAAAGUUGCUCGUUGAGGGUCAGAAGACAACGCCGGCAUGGGACCCGCUACUCAGAGCGUUCCAGGGCGACUACAACAGCAUCGGUGCAGACCCCGUUGCAUACCAGCAGACCAAGGAGCCCGACCUGGCGUUGCUGGGUUGCUUAAUAGAUUAUCAACCUCACUUGUUCAGUUGGGCUGCUAUUCUUCUCGCCAAGAUCUGUCCCCGGCGCCGCGACGAGUUCCUUGACGCUGGUCUUCGUUGCAUUCAGCAGCGGAGCGAAGAAGCCUCGUUCGACAUCACUGUUUUUAGGUCCCAGUUUGACCCAAGCACUUCCGUUGACAUAACCGUACAGAUUGCCUACAAGUUCUUCGACAGCUCUCCCAAUGAUGGCAACUCCUCUGACUGGAUUUUGAGCAAAUACUACCUUAUCACUGAAGCCGAUCCCAGCGACGAUGAAAAGGCCCUGGCACUCCACCAUCUUGAAGUCAUAAGUAAUAACAUCGGCAGAGACCUCGUGGCCCUGGUUACUAAGGGUAGUUUCGGGACGGCGGUGCGUCCGAUUACUCAAGGUAGUGUGGACCAACCUCUCACUCAAGGUAGUUUCAACAACCCUCUCGAGGAAGUGCCUGUGCAACCGGCGUUCAACAGGAAGAUGAGCAUUCGAUCCGCCACCAAGCUGCUCGACAUUGAUGCGAACUAUUCUGCAGAAAUAAUACAGGACUUUGCCGGAAACGUGGGUGAGAAGGUAGAUCGCGUGAAGGUUGUGGAGGCUCUUGAGGUGUUGGGUGAUCUCAAGAAGCAACAAAAUCUAGCCGAAGAAGCUGCAAAACUCCAGGAGACUGCGGACUUCCUCAGGGCAACCGGAAAUGUCGCUAAAGGCGAGAUGGCCAUUCCAUCGCUUGUCAACCAGCAGCCCUUCUCCGCUGACCCUGCGUCUUCCAUGAAUGCCCCUCCGGGUCUACGAAACAUCGGCAAUACUUGCUACUUGAACAGCCUUCUGCAGUACUUCUACAACGUGAAGGCUGUCCGUGACGUGGUUCUUAAUUUCGAUCAAAUACAGUUGGAGCUGGAUGAGGACAUAGUGAGCAAGCGACGCACAGGCGGUAAUGGUACAAGCGUCAACAUAGAAGAGGCUAUUGUUGCUCGCCAAUUCAUCGAGGAGCUUCGUAAGCUCUUUUCGGAUUUGCAGUCAACCACUGAUUCUGCAGCUCAGCCGUCGCAGAAGCUUGCCAAUACGGCGCUCUCUUCUGCGAAAGAGAUCCUGAGUGAGAGUGCCGACAACCAGCCUCCACCCCUGCCGGCACGUCCUUCUCCAGCGCCACCAGUUCCGCCGAAAGAAGACGUCGACAUGGUCAACGUCACCAUUGAGCCCAUCAACGACCAAGUAGAGACCGCUAGUUCCCGCAGCUCGCACACGCUGGUCAAUGAGGGAGAAGAGACCAGACUUGAAUCUCUUGUCCAGAUGACGCAAAACGACGACAAAGGCACCGAUAACGAAGUUGUCGAUGGACUGUCCUCCUCACAAGCCCAGAUCAAUGCCUCGAAUCCGCUUCAUUCGGGCGAAGAUGUCGAGAUGAAGGACUCUCCCGAAGUUGCAACGUUGGAGGAGAAAAUGGCUCAGGUUUCUCGACGCUUGGAGCAAUCAGAUCGUUCGGGGACAUCACAGCAGGAUGUUGAAGAGAUCAUCGGUAACAUCCUGGAGCAUCUAAUGCGCGCUAUUCGACCGGACAGCCCAAUGCCCGGGAAGCCCGAUCUACAAACCGACAAGAUUACGGAAAUAUUCUUUACCAUGAUCGUGAACUGCACUGUCAAGACAUCGCCGGGUCCCAGUGUUAGUACCAUGGAUUCGGCCGUGGAAGAAAACAUACUCAACGAGGAAAUCGUCCCCGAACGUUGGAUAACAGCUUUCCCGCACCCUGAUAAGGCAAACAAGGUGAAAAGUACAUUGUACGCAGCACUUGACCGCUACUUCUCUUAUGAGCUCCUUGCUGAUGGGAGCAUUGCCCGCUACACAACGAUUCGGGCAUUGCCCCCGAUUGUUCACAUCUGCAUCCAGCGCUCUGAUGCCUCUGGGGUGAAGAACAAGAACCCCGUCGUUAUCCCCGAGGUCUUGUACCUGGACCGUUACAUGGAAACCGAGACCGGGUCAUACCUAUGGAACACACGUCGGCGAGUUUGGGCGCUUAAGGAGCGCCUCCAGGUACUUGAGUCUAGGUCCAUGAACACAUGUGAAAACAUCUUCAAGGAGACACAAGUCGAUCGACGGGCGCCUAACGAAGUCAGCGAUCCUCGGACGGUUCAUGCUGAGCCGGGUGACAUCUUCAAGUUGGACGAGGGUCUGAUGAAGGACAUAGGUCGUCCCAGGAAGCGCAAGGUUUUCGACGCUUCUCCAAACGAUUCAUAUCAAUCGAUACCCUCUAAGAGGCAAUCAUUGUCACCAGAGCCGCACAAUUCGACAACCAAGUUUGUGGACACUCUGUGGGAAUCUAGUCAAAGUCUAGACGUGGCGGACGCGGUGGAGAUAAGCCAACUACGGAAAGGAGAGGAUGAGGCCUUUACGUCGAUGCAGCAAGAGAAGUAUAGUCUCCAUGCUGUAAUCUGCCACGGUGGCGGUAUGAAUGCUGGUCAUUACUGGGUCUGGGUGCGAGACUUCAAGAAGAAUGUAUGGUACAAGUACAACGACAGCCUCGUCACCGAGGACAGCCGUGACUCGCAGUCGGUUCUAGACGAGCUGAACAACAGUGGCGAUCCUUACUACGUUGCUUACGUACGAGACGAAAUCAAGGACGAUCUUGUCGAGGUACCGCAACGCCAACAGCAGGAAAACGGGGAAGCACAUUCAGGCGAUCUGGAUAUGCAGACUAUUGAGGGUAUAGUGCCUCCAAGCAGCCCGACAACGAUGGUUCCUAGCAGCCAGACCGCGUAUGCUACCAGCGAGAAGGCGGACGAUGGUCUUCCCCCGUACGAGAUGCUCUGA